AUGGGUCUCUUUACGGUGGUAUUUACGGCAAUCGCUGCCUUGUCAGCUGUCGAUGCUGCAGAGCUUCUAAGGUCUCCAAACAGCAAGGACAUUGUUCCAAACUCCUACCUUGUUGUUAUGAAAGAUUCUGUCUCGUCCGCUGAUUUGGAUUCCCAUGUGUCCUGGGUUACAGACCUCCAUAGUGAGAGCAUCACCAAGCCAGGUGUCAAAAACCUCGAUGGUUUCAAACAUUCUUAUAAGAUCAACGGAUGGCAUGCAUACAGCGGAUCAUUUGACAGUGAGACUCUUGCUAGCAUUCUUGACAACGAUCAGGUCGACUUUGUCGAGCACGAUCGCUACGUUUACAUUGAUGGGCUCGUCACGCAAAAGGAUGCCCCGUCCUGGGGACUUGGAAGGGUCUCUCACCGAAUGAACGGCACUCGUGAUUAUGUUUACGAUGAAACCGCUGGUAGCGGUAUAACCUUCUAUGGCGUCGAUACCGGAAUCGAUAUCCGCCACCCUGACUUCGGUGGACGUGCGGUCUGGGGUACCAAUGUUGUUAGUGGCACCGGCGACAAUGAUCGUCAUGGCCACGGAACUCACACUGCUGCUACUGCGACAGGAACUAAAUAUGGCCUUGCUAAGAAAGCCAACGUUGUUGCAGUCAAGGCUCUCAACGACCACGGCGCUGGACUCUGGAGCAAUAUUAUGAAAGCCCUUGAGUGGUGUGUUGAUGAUGCUCGUAAGAAAAAUGCCCUUGGGAAAGCCGUUUUGAACCUGUCGAUUAGCGGCGGAAAGGUGGUUGCUGCCAACCAGGCCAUUACCAAUGCUGCAAAUGCUGGCAUAUUUGUUUCUGUCGCUGCUGGCAAUGACAACCAAGACGCUACUAACAAGAGCCCUGCUUCGGCAGAAAAUGUCUGCUGUGCUGCUGCUUCCACCAUCAGGGACGAGAAGGCCAGUAUCUCUAACUACGGAUCAGUUGUCAAGCUUUACGCACCCGGUCAGGGAAUCACCUCUGCCACGCCUAACAACUCCACCGGAGUCAUGACCGGAACUUCCAUGGCCGCCCCCCAUGUUGGUGGUGUUGGUGCCACUCUCAUGGCUUCCAAGCACAUUGCUCCAUCUGCUGUCUGUGCAGAGCUUAUCAAGAUGGCUACCGGCGCAGUCCGGAACCCUGGCGCUAAUACUACCAACAAGCUUCUAUACAAUGGGAGCGGCCAAUGA